GUAAUGCGCACUACAAGGUUGCUUGUCAACCGCCAUUUAACCAAAGAAGAAGAAGAAGAAUUACUCGACACAAUCCUGGAAGCCGAUCGGCACAUUUCCUUCCAUCACUAACUGAAAGGUCGAUAGCGCGACCUCCUGUAGUGUAGAAUGUAGUAUGGACCAUAGGACAGGACGAAGAAGUCCCGUUAAGAAGCUGUGGAGGCCUAAGAUGCUCUACUAGUCUGCUGGAAAUCCAAAGAAGACGAAGGAGUAAAAAGCAAAAUGGCGCUUGACAGAGAAGGCCUAAACGUGGCCAUUAUUGUUUCUCUAUUUGUAUUUAGUGCAUACAUGUACGCAUAUAUGUGGUGUAGUAGAUGAAACAUUCUUAGUCAUUGUUUGUAUCCGGAUACAUUAGUCUGAGCGCACUUUAUCGCAUCGUGUGCUAGUUAGCUUAGCGUGUUAGCUUAGCUUGUUAGCUCCAAACAAGAGACGCGGACGUUAUCAACACAUCGCUAAGUAGAGAUCAAAUGUGAGUGUAAAGUGUUGUGGUUGUGUGAAAAUGUGCGAAAGAACGAUAGCAAAGUAUGAGGAGGAACUUUGUCCAACAAAAGAGGAGAAGGAGCGACAACAACUACUGGACGCUGUUUUCAAGAAACAUGAAGUUGUGUUACACAGAACAGACGUCCAGCAGCCCCCCCACAUUAAAGAGGAAGAGGCGGAACGUCGGAUCACUCGGGAGGGAGAGUGUCUUCUCGGGCAGGAGGAGGCUGAUCUCAGCAAGUUUCCACUGACUGUUGUCUCUGUGAAGACUGAAGAGCAUGAAGACAAACCACCUGAGUCCUCACAGCUUCAUCACAGUCCAAACGUCCAGCAGACCCCCCGCUUUAAAGAGGAAGAGGAGGAAGUGUGGAUCACUCAGGAGGAAGAGUGUCUUCUAGGGCAGGAGGAGGCUGAUCUCAGCAAGUUUCCACUGACUGUUGUCUCUGUGAAGACUGAAGAGCAUGAAGACAAAGCACCUGAGUCCUCACAGCUUCAUCACAGUCCAAACGUCUGUGAAGAACAACUUCUGCCUGAAAAACAGGAGUGUCGCAUGAGGAUGGUGAAAAGGGAUCUAUCAAAGAGGAAGACCAGGCGCCACGGACUCACUGGCGUAUCCUUUUCCUCUUUGACUCAGACCCUCCCCUGUAAAAAGGAAGAGGAAGACUCACUGACCCACCACAUUAAGGGAGAAGAGGAGGAACACAGCAUCGGUCAGGAGGGAGAGUGUCUUGAAUGGUUGGAUGAGUUCCCAGAGAUUGGUGUCCCUGUGAAGAGUGAAGGUGAUGAGGUGAAAGGUGAAAGUGAGGAGAGGGGAGGGGGGGAGCCUCCAAGCAGCAGCUCAACACAACACAUGACAACAGAAGCUGAUGGAGACCACUGUGGAGGAUCACAAGCAGACAAGCUCUUAGCUCCACUAUCAGAUAGUGAGGACACAACCUCACACUCUCCUGACACUGAUGAUGAAGACUCUAAAGAGGAUAAGACAUGUCACACUGACAACACUCUUUUCGAAUGUUCUCACUGUGACAAAACCUUUAAAUACCAUAGUCAUCUGAAAAGACACAUGAUAAUACACACUGGAGUGAAACCUUUUUCUUGUUCAAUCUGUGGCUUAUCUUUUACAAGGAAGGACAAUAUGAAAGAGCACACAAGAACACACAAAGGGGAAAAACCUUUUUCGUGUUCUGUGUGUGAUUCAAGGUAUGCACGAAGUCAAUGUUUGAAAUUACACCUGAAAAGACACACUGGGGAAAACCUUUUUACGUGUUCCGUGUGUAGUUCAAGUUUUGUCCGAGCUGAAAAUUUGAAAACCCACAUGAGAACACACACAGGAGAAAAACCUUUUUCUUGUUCAGUGUGUGGUGUAUUUUUUACACAGAGUGCAAGUUUGAAUAAACACAUGAGAACACACACGGGAGUUAAACCGUUUUCCUGUUCAGUGUGUGAAACAGGUUUUGUACACAAGAACAACUUGAAAACACACAUGAGAAUACACACUGGAGAAAAACCCUUUUCUUGUUCACUCUGUGGCUUAACUUUUACAAGAAAGGAACAUAUGAAAGAGCACACAAAAACACACACCGGAGAAAAACCUUUUUCCUGUUCUGUGUGCGAUUCAAGUUUUGCACGAAGUCAAAAUUUGAAAAAACACAUGAGAAUACACACUGAAGAAAAAGUGUUGAGUUGCAGUGUGUGUGGUGAACGAUUCUCUCAUGAGUACCAACUUAACAAACACAAGUGUGCUGGUGAGACCAGCAGCAGUAUAAUAGAAAGGCACUCGGCAGACCUCCACCAGGCCGAAUAUCCCAGUAGUAAAGAAUCCUUUAAAAGGAGUCUGAAUCCAAAUGAUGAUCAGGAUCAACACCAAAAUCUAAUCACUUGUUCCUUAUCCCAUUUUUGAAAUGUCCUGUAAGUUUUAUUAGCAUUUGACUAUACUUGACUUUGUUUUGAUUCCAACUACAUGACAAUCAAACAAACCCCAAAUCACUUUUAGUUACUUUUUUAAUUACAUCAAUAGCAAACAUGUAAAUAUGUUUCUUAGUUAAACAUACUGGAAAACAACAUCCACACAACAGUUUAUAUUUAUUACUCAGUCUUACUAAUACGUUUAGUUGUGUACUAACAUAUCAAUUUGUACUUUUGCUAAUAUUAAAGAAGUAAUGAUUAUGUUAUGGUUGAGUGUGCUCCUUCAAAUGCUUGCUGUCUUCAAAACAAGUCUCCACCAUGGUGGUGCCAGCCGUCCUACUACUUGUACUUGUACACUAUACUAUAUAAUUAUUUGUAAGACACACAUUUUUGUUUGUACUAGCAAUUUGAAACCAGCGCUAUAUCCUUUGCAUGUGACCUUGUUAAAUAAAAUCAUUUCGCAAAAUUG